AUGGGGGCGUCUAGAUUCCCCCUUCCCCUGGCUCUCUAUGUUUUCUCGUCCACAGCGACUCGGAGGGGGGAGGGGCAGUGGGUCUGGCCAGUCUUUGUGCCUGACACACACACCUCCAUCACACGGCCACGCCUCCUGUCGUUUCGUGCAUCGUGGCAAGUAGUGGGACGAGAAAAAGAGAAAGAGAGAGAGAGAAAGAGAGAGAGAGAGAGAGAGAGUGUGUGUGUGUGUGUGUGUCAAACGUCCGCUCCAUACAUCACAACCGUCUGCACAAGCGCACCUUUUUUUUUACUGCGCACGAUGGACGCAAGAAAACGCUCAGCUACUACAAAGACUGGCUCGUCGAAGCGAGUCAAGGCCGAGGAAAAUGACAGCCCAUCAAAUGUGCCUGUGUGGAAGCAAAUGGCGCAGCGGCGAGCUGCGGGACCUGUUGCUCCCGGCAGCAAAGCGAUUCCUGAAGGCGCGCCUAACUGCCUAGCGGGUCUCACACUGGUGUUUACCGGCGAGCUUUCGAGCAUAUCACGCGAAGAUGCCAUUGAUCUUGCUAAGCGGUACGGCGCAAAAGUAACGACCGCCCCAUCUUCCAAGACAUCCUACGUGGUCCUGGGCGAUGGAGCGGGUGCGAAGAAACUCGAGACCAUUCAAAAGAACAAGCUCAAGACCGUCGAUGAGGACGGUUUCCUUGCGCUGAUCGCCGAGCGUGGCGCUAGGGAGCUUGAUCCGAACGUGAAGCAAAAGAUCCAAGCGGAAGAGAAAAAAGUCGUCGCUGCUGCCAAAGCGCUUGAUACUCCCAAUGUGCCGGGCCAGCUGUGGACAUCCAAGUAUGCACCGAAGCAGCUGAGAGAACUCAUCGGUAACAAGGCUCAGGUCGACAAGCUCCAGGCUUGGCUGCGUGACUGGCCCAAGUCACGCAAAGCCCAUUUCAAGAAACCAGGUCCCCAUGCGACCAACACGUUCCGCGCCAUGCUCAUUUCCGGCGCGCCUGGCAUCGGCAAGACAACUGCCGUGCAUCUUGUCUGUGCGUUGGAAGGCUACGAGACACUGGAGCUCAAUGCCAGCGACACACGCAGCAAAAAGCUCCUGGAGAGCGAGCUAUCUGACACCAUCCAUAAUAGGUCCAUCGCUGGUUGGACACACAAGCAGCAGCCCAACGUUUCUACAAGUGGCCCAGACACAAAGCAUGACCGCCUCGCGAUCAUUCUCGACGAAGUCGAUGGUAUGUCUGGAGGCGACCGUGGCGGCAUUGGUGCGAUCAAUGCGCUCAUCCGUAAGACACAAGUCCCGAUCAUUUGCAUCUGCAAUGACCGGCGGCAUCCCAAAAUGCAGCCCUUGCUCGCGACGACAUUCAACAUGACUUUCUCGAAGCCUACGGUCCAAGCCAUCCGCUCACGCAUGCUAUCGAUAGCGUUCCGCGAAGGACUCCAGAUUCCUGCCGAGGUCAUGGACCAACUGAUCAUCGCUGCACAGAGCGACUUGCGUCUCGUUACCAAUAUGUUGUCGACGUGGAAACUCUCUCAUGCAUCCAUGUCAUUCGACCAGAGCAAGUCCUUUGGCGCUUUACACCAGAAACCCACCAUGCACACGCCCUUCUCUCUGUAUGGCGAACUAAUGAGUCCUCAGCGCUUUGGACCCUUGAACAAGCAAAGCCUCAAUGACAAACUCGACUUUUACUUCCAGGACCACUCCAUUGUGCCUUUGAUGGUCGAGGAAAACUAUCUGAAGAGUCAGCCAUUGUCUGUGCAGAAAGAAUCGACGCCGCCGCUGCGUGACUGGAAACAUCUUGAGCUUCUUUCCAAAGCAGCUCACUCAAUCUCCGAUGGCGACCUCAUCGACACAAUGAUGCGGGGGCCACAGCAGCACUGGUCCCUCUUGCCCCUUCAUGGCAUUGCCAGUACGAUUCGUCCGUGCUCCCUCACGUACGGCGGUCACUCGUCUUUCCCAGCGUUCCCAGCCUUUCUUGGCCAGAACUCGAAGCGCCUGCGCCUGCAGCGGCAGCUCGUUGAUCUUCAGACACACUUGCGUCUCCGAACGACGGGGUCCAAAGACGACGUGCGCCAGUCGUACGUGCCGGGUCUUUUGUCGCUUGUUGUUGACCCUGUCCUUCAGCAUGCUCAAGCCGGCAUUCAAGACGCGAUCCACAACAUGGACGAGUAUUUCCUCCUGCCAGAUGACCGCGAAACGCUCGUUGAGCUGGAACUGGGCGACCAGCGGCGCGAAGAUCGGCUCAAAAAACUCCCUGCAGCCGUCAAGUCUGCCUUUACUCGCGCCUACAAUGCAUCGUCGCAUCCGGUCGCGUUUCAGCCGUCUUCGUCUUCUGCGCCGAAAGUCCGUGCACUCAAGGGCGAGGCCUUACCGGACAACGAAGAGGCGUAUGGUGUACGUUGGAGCUUGGAUUCCUCGCGAACAGGUACUGACGACGACGACAACGUCGAACAGGUGGAUGAGGAGCCUAUGGAUGACGCUGACGAUGCUACCGCUGAUUCCAAAGACGACGACGACGUCGCAAAAGUACGUUCAUAUGUGCCUCCACGCCUCGUGGCACUGGCAAGCUGA